GGACUGAGGGCUCAUCCCGCUGCCAACGAGGAAACGACCUCUGGAUCAAACUGGAGUUACGAAACAAGCCACUUUUUUUUAGCUUGUUAACGGACAGUUUUUACAUUUUCUCCAAGUUUAGUUGUUGCUAGGUGACGGGGUCAAAAUGUCCUCGAUGGACCUGGAGAAGCUGAAGAUGACGGGGGCUGGUCGGGCCAUAGCAGUGCUGACCAGCGGUGGAGAUGCACAAGGGAUGAAUGCUGCUGUGCGAGCUGUGACCCGAAUGGGCAUCUAUGUGGGGGCCAAGGUCUACCUUAUUUAUGAGGGCUACCAGGGCCUGGUGGAUGGAGGAGAUAACAUCAAACUGGCACACUGGCACAGUGUGACCAACAUCAUCCAACUGGGUGGGACUGUGAUCGGUAGCGCUCGAUGCAAGUCCUUCAUGACCCGUGAAGGCAGGCUCUCCGCUGCCUUCAACCUGGUGAAAAGAGGUAUCACCAACCUGUGUGUGUGUGGUGGAGACGGCAGCCUCACCGGAGCCAACAUCUUCCGCAGCGAGUGGAGCGGUCUGCUGGCCGAGCUCGUACAAAAAGGAAGGAUCACAGACACUCUGGCAAAGCAGCAUAGCCACCUUAACAUCGUGGGGCUUGUGGGCUCCAUAGACAACGACUUCUGCGGCACUGACAUGACCAUUGGAGCAGACUCUGCGCUGCACCGCAUCAUGGAGAUAAUUGAUGCUAUCAUGACCACUGCAAUAAGCCACCAGCGUACCUUUGUUCUGGAGGUCAUGGGGCGCCACUGUGGGUAUCUGGCACUGGUGUCAGCACUUGCAUCUGGCGCAGAAUGGCUCUUUAUUCCAGAGGCCCCUCCUCAGGAGGGCUGGGAGGACCGUAUGUGCUCCCGUCUAGAGGGGAGCCGCACUAAGGGGUCCAGACUCAACAUUAUAAUUGUUGCAGAAGGAGCUAUUGACAUAAAUGGAAAGCCAAUCUCUUCAAAUUACGUAAAAGAUCUGGUGGUAAAGAGGUUGGGUUAUGAUACCAGAGUGACCGUGCUUGGCCACGUUCAGCGAGGAGGAACUCCCUCAGCGUUUGACAGAAUACUGAGCAGUAAGUUAGGUGUGGAGGCAGUGGUUGCCCUGAUGGAGGCGUCUCCGGACACCCCGGCCUGUGUCAUCGGCCUGUCAGGUAACCAGCCUGUCCGUCUACCCCUCAUGGAGUGUGUGGAGAUGACUAAGUUGGUGCAGCGGGCCAUGAAUGAGAAGAGGUUUGAUGAGGCUGUCAAACUGCGUGGAGGGAGUUUUGAGAACAACUGGAACAUCUACAAGCUUCUUGCCCUCGAGAAGCCCGCUCAGACUGCGAGCAACUUCUCUUUGGCUAUUCUGAAUGUGGGAGCUCCAGCUGCAGGCAUGAAUGCAGCAGUGAGGUCUGCUGUGAGAUUAGCACGCGCUCACGGACACAAGGUCUACGCUGUCAGUGAUGGCUUUCAAGGGCUCGCUGAUGGAGUGGUGUCUGAGAUGGACUGGCACACUGUGGCAGGAUGGACGGGCCAAGGGGGCUCGCUGCUGGGGACAAAACGAACCCUUCCAAGCAAAUGCAUGGAGAAGAUCGUAGGCACCAUCAACAAGUUGAACAUCUCAGCUCUGCUUGUAAUUGGGGGGUUUGAGGCGUACGAAGGUGUGCUGCAGCUGUUUGAAGCCCGGAGUCGCUAUGAUGAGCUCUGCAUCCCCAUGUGUGUCAUCCCUGCUACCAUCAGCAACAACGUUCCUGGAACUGACUUCAGCCUAGGAGCAGACACCGCUGUCAAUGCUGCCAUGGAGGGUUGUGACAAGAUUAAGCAGUCUGCCACUGGGACCAAGAGACGUGUGUUUGUGGUGGAAACUAUGGGUGGGUUCUGUGGCUAUCUGGCAUCCAGCACUGGUAUAGCUGUGGGUGCCGAUGCAGCCUACAUCUUUGAAGACCCCGUCAACAUCCAUGACCUGAGGACCAAUGUGGAACAUUUAAAAGAAAAAAUGAAGAAGGACAUCCAGCGUGGUCUAGUGCUGAGGAAUGAAAAAUGCCACGAACACUACACUACAGAUUUCAUCCAUAAGCUGUAUUCAUCAGAGGGGAAGGGCAUUUUUGACUGUAGAGUCAAUGUGUUGGGACACCUCCAGCAGGGAGGGGCACCUUCUCCCUUUGAUAGGAAUUUCGGCACCAAGUUGGGUGUGAAGGCUAUGCAGUGGAUUUCUGAGAGAUUGACUGAAAACUUCCGCCAAGGCCGGGUGUUUGCCAACUCACCAGACACGGCAUGUGUGCUUGGCCUUAACAGGAAGGUCAUCUCAUUCAUCCCUGUCACUGAACUGAAGGCUGUGACUGAUUUUCAGCACCGGAUGCCCAAAGUCCAAUGGUGGUUUGACCUGCGGCAGAUUCUGAAAAUGUUGGCCAAGUACCAAACCAGCUUCUGCGAAUAUGUCCCAGGAGAGAUUGAACAUGUGACUCGUCAGUCCCUCAGCAUUGACUCAGGGUUCUAGACUCUUCUCUAAACUGCAUAUUCGGCACUUUUAAACCCUUAUUUGUCCAUCCUUUAUGUUUCCACACACAUUUUCAAAAUGUUUUUUAAUCAUUUACAGGAUUGAAGACUUUUAAAGCCAGCAUUGAUCUCAGCCUGUUGUCACAGUCUCAGUAGCUGUAUUUACAAAAUGUAAAGAUGUACUGCAAAUAUUCAUGUAUGGAAUGAGACAUUCAAUACACAGAUUUUUACUAUUUCUUGUGCCAAAGUGUAAGUAAACCUCAGUAUAGAGUCAAAUCACUGCCAUGGAAAGACAAUCAGGUGUACAAAGAAGCAACAAUUUAAUUGAUUUACUACAGAAAAAUAUUAUGUAAAGCAGAUUGUAUGUGAUGUGUAAUUAAUGGUUUGGUACAGAAUCACAUACAUAGAAGGCCUAUAAAGAGAUUUUUGCCUUUAACUGAACAUGAGCCUAAAGUAAAAGAAAGGUGUAUAUCAGUGUUGUAACAAGCUUCUUAUUAGCUACAAGUGAGAACUACUAAAUUUUGGAGCCCCUGAAUUUUAACGCACUUUUAUGUUUAAUAAAAGUUGGGGUGCUCCAGUGGCUAACUGAGAUACUCUCCUGACACUUACUGUGAGGAUUUUCUAUUUUUUUUAAACACAGUCAAUAAUCAAUGCAAAAUGAAUAGUAAUUCACUAUAUAUAGAUAUAUGCAUUUACUUACACUAUGUGACAAACUUCACAUCUAAUGUACUUACAAUAGGGAAAUCUUUAAGGGAAUAUAUACAUUGUUUAUUAUUUUUAGACCAAUGCUAGAGCUUCAAUAAAACGUAUUCAACAAUGA